GGGUAGUACAGUUUAUCUUAUCGGAUCUUGCAUGUCAUCAUUUGGCAUUGUCUUAACUAAAACUUUGUGUUUGCAAGACUUUGAUUUUUAUUACCAGGUAAUCAUUUAAAAAGUUUAACUAGUAUUAUUCAGAGCCUACCUUAGCUAUCCCUACCGUCGAAUAGAACAGACUCCAAAUAUGGCCAACUUUAGGCCCGCAUUGAUAGUGGUAGAUCUCCAAGAGGACUUCUGUCCUCCGAACGGUUCUCUCGCAGUCACCAAUGGUCGCGAUAUCGCGCCACUGGUCAAUAAACUUCUAGCUUUCCCUUUCGUGAUCACGAUCGCGACUAAGGACUGGCACCCGCAUGAUCACGUUUCGUUUGCGGCAAACCACCAAGGCAAAGCCCCGUUUGAGGACUUCAUUACGAUCGUGAAUCCAUAUAACGAGGCCGAGACUUAUGAGUCGCGACUGUGGCCGGUUCACUGCGUACAAGGUAGCCCGGGAGCAGAGUUGAUCCCUGAGCUUCUUACCAGUCGGCUCGACAUGAUUCUCGAGAAGGGAACUGAUGCGCGCGUCGAGAUGUACAGCCCAUUCUAUGAUCCCUUUAAGUCUCCACGAGUUUACGAUAGUGGCCUCGUACAGAUUCUGAAGGAGAAGCAGGUUACAGACGUGUAUGUGGUGGGGCUAGCAGCGGACUAUUGCGUCAAGAACGCGGCGAUCGAUGCGGCGAAAGAAGGCUUCAAGACCUACUUGAUAGAGGAAUGCACGAGAGCCGUCGAUCCUUCUGCAUGGUCGGAAUGCAAGAAAGAAAUUGAGACAUCCGGGGCUAAAGUUGUUAGCAUGGACGGACCUGAAGUAAGCCGGCUGAUGACGGCGCAGUAACAGGGUAAAGCUGAAGGGUUGCUACAUGACACGGGCGACGGCUUCUAUCCUGCAGGAAUAGGGUAUCCAGCGAUGUAUGUAGAAGUACGGAUCCGUAGCAAUUACUAUAAUUCUCCCUGUUUAUUGACGUAGAUCCCCGUCGUACGGACGCUAGACAACGAGGCGGCCGGUGGCGGACUGAAAUAAGCCCGUUAGACUAUGCAUGGGGUAUGAUUGUCUUCUCCGGUGGCUUUCUACGCGGGGGUUUGAUAUGCGAUGGAUGGUAGCACGAGGGACGAUAAAGAAUAGUCGUCAUGUGUCUCAGUUUCGCCGUGUUGGUUUGAGACUGUCAUGUUGUACAGAAACAUAUAGUAUCAACGGCCAAUUGCUAAGGCCGACUUUGUGGUUCGUGCUAACGAAGCAUGGUUGUCACAACUUGCUUGAGUUAGGUUAGAUACCUAACGUAACCUAUCUCUGCACGGUCUCUUCUACCGAGACUGUAUUAGGCACUUAAGAGGCUAAAGCUCUAUGUACCUAAGUUGGUUCUUUCGCUGGUUGUUUUAUCGAGUGACUUCCUCGUAGCGUUAAGUGUGCUUGGGUUUAUUCGUGCCGAAAAGCAAAUGGUGGGAGGCCUCGUUUCCUCUUUUAGUAAGUAAUGGCCGUGAUGGUGAUAGCGAUUGAUGUGAUGAGUGG